AGCAUUUGCUGAUAGCCCUGUCACUGGGGACUUAAAAACCGGGAGCAGCUGACAGUUUCUUUGGAGACAAUUUCAGCUUUGAGCAAUAGGCUGGGGUGUUUUGAAUGAUAUAAAUUAGCGAGCAACAGGCAAGAGCCCGGUGCUUCCAGGUUGGAGCUACAAGCCAUCCAGCCCCAGACUACCUCCUGCAGCUGAAUUCAGGACACCCCGAAAUACUACUUGGUCCCUUCGCCAGUUGCCAAUGAUCCAGCUGACAGCCACCCCAGCAAGUGCCCUCAUGGAUGAGCCGGUGCACAUCCGAGUGACAGGCCUGCCCCCGUUGCAGACAGUGACCCUCAUGGCAUCUCUGAAGGAUGAGAAGGGGAAUCUGUACCAGUCCAAAGCCUUCUACAAGGCUAACCAGGCAGGCAAACUGGACCUGGAGCAGGAUCCUGCACUUGGUGGUGACUAUGUAGGGGUCCAUCCGAUGGGCCUCUUCUGGGCUAUGAAGUCCGAGAGGCCUUUUCGUAGGCUGAUUAAGCACGAUGUAAUGAACAGCCCCUUUUGGGUCACUCUGGAGCUGUAUGACUCAGUUUGCUUCCAAGAUUCAGUCACGAUUGAGCCCAGGGCCCGCCAGACGGUGCAGCGCUGGUUCUCGGUCCCUGAGGUGCAGCGGGUGCAGAUCCGAGAAGGUCGCGUGCGAGGAGCUCUUUUUCUCCCUCCGGGGGCAGGCCCUUUCCCAGGCAUCAUUGAUUUGUUUGGGGGCAUUGGGGGUCUAGUGGAAUUUCGGGCCAGUCUUUUGGCUGCCCGUGGCUUUGCAAUGCUGGCUUUGGCAUAUUUCGCCUAUGAAGACCUGCCCGAGCAACUGCAGGAGGUGGACCUGGAUUACUUUGAGGAAGCUGCCAACUUGCUACUAGCUCAUCCCAAGAUCCAAAAGCCAGGAAUCGGAGUGCUCUCGACAAGCAAAGGUGCAGAGAUAGGGCUGGCCAUGGCCUGCUACCUGAAGCAGGUGGUAGCCACUGUCUGGAUUAAUGGGACCAAUGCCGUCUUUGAAUUUCCUCUCAAGUACAGGGAUAUGGUUAUGAAACCCAUCCCCUCGUUUCUGGAGCGCAUGCAGAUGGACAUCUCAGGGGCUGUGCGACUCCGCCACUACAAGGGGGACCCUCGGGAAAAACUAAAUCAGCAGAGCGUGCUUCCUGUUGAAAAGGCCAGGGGUCCGAUCCUCUUCAUUAUAUCAGGGGACGACGAGUGCUUCAAUAGCAGGCAAUAUGCGGAGCAGGCCCUGGACCAGCUGCGGAGCCACGGGAGAAGUAGUGGAAGGAUGCUGGUCUACCCAGGGGCGGGCCACCUCUUAGAGACGCCCCAUGGGCCCUCGUGCUAUGCUUCCUGGAGCUACAGCCUUUCUGCCCCCAUACUCUGGGGAGGGGACCGUGUUGCUCAUGGUGCAGCCCAGGAGCACUCCUGGGCAGAGAUCCAGAAAUUCUUCAGGCGACACCUUAUUCUGACCAGGGGCAAAUUCUGAGUAAGGGCUAAGGCUAAUGAUGGAGUCAGGGGAAAAAAACGAGGAUGAGGCCGGGAUGUGGUGGAAUGGGCAGGCUCUCCUGAUUCCCUAGAUUCACAGUCAUAUUGAAUCAACUGGAAGGAAAUUGGACGGAAUCAAAGGACCAGGGCACAGGUGAAUCUGAAGUAUUUCUAACAAAUUUGUAUGUGCUUUGAAUUUUUGUAUAUCUAAUCGUAGUCUAUAUGCACCAGGGUAUUUGGCUGUUUCAAAAUUGUGAUACCCUUGCAAUUAAAUGAUCUUUUGUACCCAAGUUAGGGAUACCUUGAUCCAGCUCUUGCCAAUCUAGAUGAAUUCCCUGAAACUUCCAAGUUCCUUGUGGAAAUACAUUUUCUGCUUAAACUGUUUUGAGUUGAAUUCUUGACAUUUGAUAUGAAAAGGUCUAAUACGAUCAUCAAGUGUAAUGCUUGCUAUAGAUUUCCAGUAGAUACUUUAAUUUUUUAGAAUAGUGUUGCUUCUUUUUAUUCCUAAAAUAUAUAUCUUUUUACAAUUUUAAUCAGGGAUGAGAUUAACUUUAAUCAAAUACCUUUGUAGCAUUUAUUGAAAGUCAGUGAGGUAACAUAUUUAAAGCUAUUAGAACAGUACCUGGCACAUAGCAAUUGCUAUACAAGAGUUAGAUAUUAUCAUUUUCAUAACACUUUCCUCCUCCAAUCUGUUAGGGGGUGAGUUACAUUAAUUAAUGAACUAAAAUUACUCAGUCAUCUAACUUUAACCGAUGAAUUUCUCAUAUUAACUAAUUUGGGGUUUACAAUUUCUUUUGGAGCCAACCUGGUCAUUUAUAUUUUCUGAGAAUUUCACCCAUAUUUUCUAGAACCCAUUUUGCUAUUACAGUUUUUCACAUGUUCCCUAUUGUUUACUCAAAUGCUUUUUUUCCCUCUCCAUCUGAAUUGCCAAAUAUUUUUCUAUUUUAUUGAUCUUUUCCAAGAACAGCUUUUGGUUUGUUUAUUGGUCAAAUCUAUUUUUUCCUCAUUCAUUGAUUUCUGUUUCUUGAAAAUAAAUCCAUUCCUUCUGCCAUUUUUCUGUUUAUUUUUCUGGCUUCUUGAUACACAAUGCUCUCAUUUUAUGAAUUUCUAAAUAGUUUCUGAUUUACUUUUUUUUCUUCCUCUUAAACACAUGAGUAAUUUUACAGAAGUACAAAGUAUCAGCCUGCAGAUAACUUCCUGGUUGUAAGGGGGAGGGAGGAAGAACGUCACUUUGCAAUGGGGGGAUCAGAUCACCACCUGAACCCACUGAUCAAAUAUAGCAUCUCUGAAAAUGAUCAGUUUGACGUUGUGCUUCAUGAUAAGAUUUAAUGUGGAGUGUCCAGCAUUACCUAGACAAUGUCUAACAACACUGUUUAACUUGAACCUGAUCAAGCCUUUCGAUCAAACUUAUUGAUACAGUGGCUAGAGAACAAGUUAAAAGGCACUCCAAGGAGACCAGCAAAUCCAGAUUGUGGGUCGUUCUAUGUUCUCAUCUCUUUACAAGUUAAUCACAUGAAAAACUUGGGAUUUUUUUCUUUUUUUUUUGCAUUGGAGUGAGCUGGCGGACUGUUCAGAAUUAAAGGAGACAUAUCAACCAAAUGCUAUGUGUGGACCUGGUUUGAAAAGAAUAACUGUAGAAAGACAUUUUGGGGGCAAUUAGAGAAAUCUGAAUAUGGACUAGAUAUUAAAUGAUAUUAAGGAAUUAUUAUUAUCUUGUUAGGUGUCAUAAUGGUAUUGCGGUUAUGUAAAAAAGUCACCAUUUAGAGAUGCCUACUGAUAUAUUUAAAGGUGAAGGGUCACAAUAUUUGGGAAUUAUUUUAAAAUACUACAGGAAUAUGGCAAAAUGUGAGCAAUGAUUACAUCUAGAUGACGGGUAUAGUGACAUUUGUGAUAACGUUUUCUUUUAUGUGUGCUUUCAAUUUUUCAUAAUAAAAAGUUAAAAAAAUAAAAGACAUAAUCAAUAUAUUUACCUUUCUGCCCCCAAAGGCAAGAACUUUAGCAUAUACUGCAUCUUUUUCUCCCAUUAAUUUCAGAUUAUUCAUUUUUUUAUAAUCAAUAAUUAUUUAAAUAACUAUGCUUUAAUAGUUCCUUUGCUCCUCACUUUCUUACAACCUGUCUUUUUAAUUCUCGGCUUUAUCUUCCAUUUGGCCAUUUCUUCCAAGUACAAACUCAAGUAAUUAUUCAAAAAUGAUUAAUAUUCAUCUGAAUCUUUGUACAUCUGAAAAUUUUAUAUUUUGCUCUCACUCUUCAGUUAUAAUUUUUAUACAUAUAAAAUUUGAUGUUAACAAUUAUUUUCCCUGAUCUUUGGUCUUUUAUUCUGGCAUCCAUUGUUGCCAACAAGAACUCUGAUUCUUGUUACUUUGUGGAAUUUUUUUUCUUUCUCUGAAAGCUUUUUACAAUUUUCUCUUUGUUCUUAGUGUUCUGAGAUUUCAUCAAGAAGUGAGUAGGUGUGGGACCAGCCUGGUGGUGCAGUUAAGUCCGCACAUUCCACUUCGGCAGCCCAGGGUUCGCUGGUUCAGAUCCUAGGUGCAG